CUUUCUCCGUAUAAAAGGACGACAAAUCUGGACCAGAAAACAGUCAUUUUACAGACAACCAACUCAGCUUAAAUAUAUUACCGUUUUCCCGACUACAUCAUGCAACUAGGAAAUAUUGCUUUGACGUUGUGGCUGCUUUGUGGCGUUACACGGGUCCAACUUGCCAUUGGAUCUGAUAACAUAACAAGUCUAACCCCUGAUGAGAUUGGAAUCCUUAGAUCGUAUAUGGAGGUGCGGAUUGAUACUACCUGGUCGACCUCGCUUCAUCCCAACGUACCCCAAAUGUGCGUAAAUUGCUGGUCAGGCAGUCACGAUAGAGACAGGAGUGGGUGCUACAACGGUAACUCUGGGACGCAUUAUUUGCGGUGGGAUUUCAAUGCAGGAGCGACGACUAAAUUUUGGUGUGAAGCACGAUGGGGUACGACAGCUUAUAUAUCUACGUUUCCCGUUUUUGGAGAUGGCGUUCCUAAAAAGAGCUCCACAUGGAGGGUCAACUACCUUGAGAAAAUAAGACUAUUCGAAGACGGCAAAGUAAAAAACGACUACAGAGGUUCAUGGCUAGGCACGAAACCAAGACCUCCAGUAACUACUACCACCGCUAGGCCAACCACUACUAGAACAACCACCAGGCCCACGACAACUACAAGACCAACCACGACAACUACCAGGCGCACCACGACAACUACAAGACCAACCACGACAACCACCAGGCCCACCACGACAACUACCAAGCCCACCACGACAACUACAAGACCAACCACGACAACUACCAGGCUCACCACGACCACUACAAGACCAACCACGACCACUACAAGACCAACCACGACCACUACAAGACCAACCACGACAACUACAAGACCAACCACGACAACUACAAGACCAACCACGACAACUACCAGGCCCACCACGACAACUACAAGACCAACCACGAAAACUACAAGACCAACCACGACAACUACCAGGCUCACCACGACCACUACAAGACCAACCACGACCACUACAAGACCAACCACGACAACUACAAGACCAACCACGACAACUACCAGGCCCACCACGACAACUACAAGACCAACCACGACAACUACAAGACCAACCACGACAACUACAAGACCAACCACGACAACUACAAGACCAACCACGACAACUACCAGGCUCACCACGACAACUACAAGACCAACCACGACAACUACAAGACCAACCACGACAACUACCAGGCCCACCACGACAACUACAAGACCAACCACGACAACUACAAGACCAACCACGACAACUACCAGGCCCACCACGACAACUACAAGACCAACCACGACAACUACAAGACCAACCACGACAACUACCAGGCCCACCACGACAACUACAAGACCAACCACGACAACUACCAUGCCCACCUCGACAAACUCAACAUCUUCCACAACAACUUCACCAUCAAAACAAACAGAUAUAGAAACCUCCCAGACAGUAACUCCCACGGGGCACACCGAGCCUACUGGUCCAAGUGAGACCACGUCAUCCCCACUCGAUCGCACAACAAAAGGCAACUCAAUUGGAAACAACUAUUACUUCAAUUUCAUUUAUAACAUUAUUUCCAACUCUUUCAACAGAAACAACUCCAAUGGUUCCAACAAUUUAAAUUAUGAGCCAAGAAAUGUCAGUAAUAACAAUAAUGGUCUACAAUAAAACAAUUUGUAUACAUGUA